AUGGAUGAUAUUGAGAAAACUUUACAUUCAAGUACUUUGAUCACCACAGCAAACGUAUUUUCCAAGGUGCUUGAGAAUAUUAGGAAGCAAAAGGACAAUGUGAAAGACUCUGUAGAACUGAGAUUCCUAAAAGAGAAAUGCUUGUCUCAAGAUUUUGUGAUAAGCAAUAUUGCUGGGACCUCACUGGUAAAGUUAGUUGAAGACAAAACUCUACCUAUGGAGCAGACUUUAGCAGAAAUCAUAGCUUCUAUAAAUACAACAAAAUCAUAUGCAAGCCUUACUAAUAUACUGGGAGAUUUGUUAUAUCUGGACUAUAAGAUUAAACAUGAUGAAUCCAAGAAAACUAGACACAACAACUAUAACUUAUGCUCUCCACAACACCCAUUUAUUACACUUCUAAUUGAACAUUCUGACAGCUGGAACCUAGUAUUGCAGAAAAUUCAAGAGCUACAAAACAAAGAAUCUCAGUAUUUCAACCAUUUAUUAUUUAAACCUGUUUACUUAUUCUGUAUCUUUUCCCCAUUACAAAACUCAAUGGGUCUGUUUCAGCACAAAAUAUGGCAAUUUCUUUUGACCUCAGAAAGUUUGGAAAAAAAUAUGUUUUAUGAUAUCUUGUGUUGGUUGCAGAUCAAGAACAGAAAUAGUCUACACCUUGCAAGUGAUAUACUAACAGAGGCACUUCACUGCAAUAGCCAUUCAAAUUAUUUAGAUUUGCUCUUACUGUGGCAAACUUCUGUUCUUCAUGACUUAGUGAUCAAUAGGUUGAACAUUUGUCCUACAAUUCAAUGUAUAAGAAAAGUGGUCCAAAGAAAAACACACUCUGUGACAGACAACUGUGUACUUUUGAUAUUUGCCAAAAUCAUCAACUAUUGCUCACCUGUUGAUUUGAAGGAUAUCUUUGAAAUAUGUGAAAUUCUGAUCUGCAAAUCAUCUAUAGAACCUUAUGUAUUUGAUACCUUCAAAUCAUCUCUAUUACAGUGGUUGACAAAUCCCUGUAUUUUGAUAGAAGAAGCUUACAAAAAAGCUGACACUAUCCUCAAAAGGAUGGACAAAUCCAAAAACCUUCAUUUCAUUAAAAAUGAUGAUUGGGAACUAUUCACUAAAGAAUUUGCACUACAAUCAUUCAAAGCUAAUUCUAUUGUAGCUGUGUCUUUAGAAUUGCUUCAUCUAUCAUUGCACUUGAGGAAUGAAAGAGAAGUUUCAAAAUGGCUGGACCAUUUUUCAUCCAAUUGUGGAAAUUCACUUCUGGAAGAAAUAUUUCAUUUUAUAUGUGGGCUGUUUUUGAAUGAUGAUUUUGAUCCAGAAGUAACAUUGAAAGUUUUCACAAUCAUCCUCAAAUGUGUGGACAAAAAUAUACACCAUUCACCCAAAGUUUUGAUCCUAAUUUUAUAUAAACUCACAAAUUGUUCACAUCCACAACUUUACCUGGCUUUGUUGAGAGCUUUGCCUAAAAUGGUGGUCCUGAAAGAAAACAUACCGAAAGUUAUAGCAGCCCUAGAGGCUCUCAGUCAGGGCUCGGAGGAUUUGUUCAAUUUGAGCCUUUCUUUGAUGUAUGAUGCUUGGAAAGUGGACAACAAAUGCUAUCCUUAUUUGGAAUCUAUGCUGGUCAGUAAGGAUUCAUAUAGAAAAAAGUGGGAUAGACAAGUAGUCAAGACUUUUGUCAUCAAACAGCUCUGUCAUGCAAAGCCAGAAUUUUAUGGUCCGGAUAUGGUAGCACAUCUCUCAAAAAUCCUCAAUGAUUGUGAUGAUGAUGAUGGAGCUUUACCAAGCGCUUUGGCCAUCGAAGCCAUCACAAUUUUAUGCAGGGCCGAAGUUAUCGAUAUCAUGACCACAUGGGACGAUUUACUGAAAAAAUUCAAAAACGAUAACCGGUUGCCAGUCGUCAAAAGCCUCUGUUUACUCAUUCAAGAAAUUCCCCGGCUUUCAUACACUGAGAGUUACACAGAGUUAUAUGAUGUUGUUUUGCGGAAAUUGUGGGAAUACAUUGAAUUUGGUGACCCUGAAAUAAGCGAAGCAGCUCUAGAUAGUCUAACGGCUUUUGGUCUGGACCAAAUUUGCCCUCACAUUCCAGAGGAUUAUUUGGAAGAAAAAGAUGAAUCCAAACCUAUAGCAGUUAACUUGGUCCCAGGUAAAACUUGGAUAAACUUUCUGAUCAGAAAAGGAGCAUCGACAUCUGCUGUCAACUUCAUUGUCAAGAUGAUUUCCAUUGAAAUAGAUGGAUAUUUGAAAUACGUGUACCAAGUCAAAGGGCCUAAAGAGCCUCUGAAUUAUGGGUAUUUACCAACACACAGUAUAUUGAGGGGUGUAGGAGAGUUUGUCAAGACGUGGGUGUACAAAUCUCGAGGUAGUAUCCAUGACAUGCUGUAUAUUGAGUGUCUCAACAUUUUGAGCAAACAGUACAGCAAACCGUUGCCUCCUCUGGACUGGUGUUUUCUUCAGGAACUGAUGCAUGAUUCCAAAACCAAAAAGUACUGCAUUGACAUCGCGUCCCAUCAAGUCGUUUUGUCCGGUUCAGCUAGACGUUUGAUGGAAAACUAUAUUAUAGCAAUCACGGAAAAUUGCCAGGGAGAGGAUGUCAUCAACAUUUUUAGAAAUUUGAAACACUUGGCUAACAGCAUCCAGCCUGUCAUUCUGAAGCCUUUCUUUGAAACUACUAUUUGGAAAGCAAUCGAAACUAACAAAGCUGAUUCAGAAAAUGAGUUGUUGAAAAUUGUGCUUGAAUCACUCAAGACAGUUCUAAAACAUCCUGAUAUCCAAGAAACUAAUAAAACAACUAUAAUCGGAGUUCUGAAAACUGUCAUGUUUGUGACAGAUGUUCAGAGUAAUUUGUUCUUAUCUUUGAUGGAAACUGUGAUAAUGGCUCCAAAUAAAUGUCUGCAGAAUAUUAUGAAACUUUCGCCAGACUGUGACGAAAUCUGGAUAGAAAAGGUGAUGAAGCUGAAAUGUUUCCUUGCCAAAAACUCCGCUAUUUCCCCACUCAAUUGGAUCAAUGAAAUAAUCGACAUGAUACACAAAACAGGAAGAAAUAUAUCAUUUUGGGAUGAUAUCCAUGAAGUAUUCAUAUCUCAGAUGGGUAAUCCAGAAACUGUCUUAUGGGUACUAGACCUAAUCGGCCAAAUCCAAGCAAAAGUAGCUGAUAGGAACGACGAACAUUUGCGAGUAGAAUUCGAUCUAUUUAUUUCGGCGAUAGUAUAUUUUUCCGGGUUCCACUGUUUCUUGGAUUCUCGAAAAAAUGAAUCUCAGAUGGAAGAUCUGUUUCCGCAAGCUCUGGCUGCUCUGCUAGCAACUGACGAAUGGGAUGUCUGCAUGGUUCAGAUGUUGGAAUGGUUGUACCAUAUGAAUACAGAAAAGCAUGUGCCUAGCAAAUAUAGACAACUUUUUGGGCUGUCACUGAGGGCACUGAGACAUGAAACAAAUAUGAACAAGAGGAGGAAAGUGAGGACUCCUAGGCCUAUGAUUAUGACUACAGUAACGCCAGACAAUUCCUCAGACAUAUUUUUUGGCUUGGUCAACUUUUCUGCCUUCACAAUCAUUUGCAAUGCCAUCUAUUCAUGUAGUUUUCAGUGCAAUUGUAAAAAUCGUAAAAAAAUA